UGUCUAUGAGACCAGGCUGCAACACAACACGUUCCGACAAAAUCCCCUCUUGCCAGAUCGCGACUAUGUUCGGAUUGCGCACAGCACAGCUGUUGUGAGCGCAAGCCCCGCCAAGUACAUGUUCUUGACCGACAAUCGGAAGCUGUGGUAGGCGUUAACUCUCUAAAAGUCCUGCAUCAUCCCCGUGACAUCCUUCACUUUUGUUUUGUGUGAACUGUUAGUUCAAGUUGUUCUCUCCCUCCUGCUCAGGGAAUGCAGCCAUUCAAAUUUAACUGUCUGUUAUAUACUGGCUUUUUAUAGUGUAAGUCUCUCCCGUCUCUCCAAUCCUACUGGGACUACUGAAUGAUCGGCUAUUUUUAUUUUUAGUUUAACCUUUAUUUAACUACAGAACACGGUUUAUGUGACAGACAUGGAUUUGGACCUGGGAGGGAUAUUUGUAGAGAAUAGCACCUAUAACUACGAUGGGGACUAUGUUUAUAAAGAGGAAUGCUCCCCUGAAGAUGGCGUUGGAGUGCGUUUUGGCACGGUGUUCCUCCCAAUGCUCUACUCCCUGACGAUGGUCCUGGGGCUAGUGGGUAACGUGCUGGUCCUGGUGGUUCUGGUCCAGAGGAGGCAGAGCUGGAGCGUGAUGGACACCUUCAUCCUGCACCUGGGCUUGGCCGACACCCUGCUGCUGGUCACCCUGCCCCUCUGGGCUGUUCAGGCCACUGGGGAAUGGAGCUUCGGGACCCCCCUCUGCAAGAUCACUGGAGCCAUGUUCACAAUCAACUUUUACUGUAGCAUCUUCCUGCUGGCCUGCAUCAUUCUUGACCGCUACCUGUCCAUGGUCCACACAGUCCAGAUGUACUCUCGCAGGAAGCCCUGGAUGGUGCAGGCCAGCUGCCUGUCCGUGUGGCUCCUCUCUAUCCUCCUCUCCAUCCCAGACUGGCACUUCCUGGAGUCUGUGAGGGACACCAGACGAGACAAACAGGAGUGUGUCCACAACUACCCAUCUCUCUCCCAGUCUGGGUUUGACUGGCGUCUGGUCUCCCGCCUGCUCUACCAUACAGUGGGCUUCCUCCUCCCAUCUGCCGUGCUGCUCUUCUGCUACUCCUGCAUCCUGCUGCAGCUGCAGCACGGCUCCCAGGGCCUCCAGAAGCAGAGGGCCGUCCGGGUCAUCCUGGCCCUGGUGCUGGUCUUCUUCCUCUGCUGGACGCCCUACAACAUCACCUUAAUGGUGGACACCUUUCAGGGGAGGCCUGGGGAGCCUGUUUCUGGGUCCUGUGAGAACGGGAGGACGGCUCUGGAGAACAGUCUGGUGGUUACGUUCGCUCUAGCCUGCCUGCACGCUUGCCUCAACCCAGUGCUCCAUCUCAGACUGUGUAGAAACUUCCGGCGACGCGUGCUGGAUAUGGUGAGGUGUGUUGAGGGGGUGCAGAACGAUCCGAAACUCUCACUAUGGGAUUCAGGUGUGGUUGAAGACUCACCUGACCAAGCAGAGGAGAUGGGGACGUUGAACCCAAUGACAACCAUGGGACAGGUACAGUCCACCCAGAGCUGAUGGGUAGGAAGAGGAUCCUAAUGACUAAUAUAGUAUGUCUUCCUGCCUUGAGGGGAAGUUGUAUGGGUCAUGGGUCUGGGGACUGGUGGAUGACCGUAACAUGGGUCUGGGGACUGGUGGAUGACCCUAACAUGGGUCAUGGGUCUGGGGACUGGUGGAUGACCCUAACAUGGGUCAUGGGUCUGGGGACUGGUGGAUGACCGUAACAUGGGUCAUGAGAGAAAGACAUGCAUAGUAGAAAGCCCCUUAUGAGGACUGCUUUCUUUCAAUUGCACUUUAAUGGAUAACGCUCAGACUAAAGGUAUAUUUGUAUAAAGUCAGUGGGUUGUCUGAUCUUCACGUUUUGUUUUACCUAUCGAUGUCGUCCGGCUCUGUAGAAUCUGUUGGAAAGAUUUACGCAUUAAUUUUUCAAACCUAUAUCUAUUGUAUUAUUAUUUUUACAGAGCACUUCACUGAAUGUAAUGGAUUUUAGAGUAAACAAUGUUCUCAGCAGACACAUACAUCAUACAUUUAGAUUUUUACACUCCCCUACAUAUUUAUUUGGAAUGUGAAGCUAAAACAUUUUAUUUGGCUCUAUACUCCAGCAUUUUGGAUUUGAAAUCAAAUGUUUUAUAUUAGGCGAUGUUACAGCAUGUCACCUUUUAUUUGAGGGUGUUUUCAUACGUAUCAGUUUUACUGUUUAGAAAUGAAUGCACUUUAUGUAUCUAGUCCCCCUAUUAGAAGUUGUCAUAAGUAUUUGGACCAAUUCACUUUAGUGUGUUAAAUUUAGUCAAAAGUUGAGUAUUUGGUCCCAUAAUUCCAGCACGCAAUGACUACAUCAUGCAUGUGACUCUACAAACUUGUUGGAUGCGUUUGCAGUUUGUUUUUGUUGUGUUUCAGAUUAUUUUGUGCCGAAUAUAAAUUAAUGGUAAAUAUUGUAUUGUUUAAUUCUGGAGUCACUUUUAUUAUAAAUAAGAAUAGAAUGUGUUUUCUUCUAUAUUAAAGUGGCUACCAUGAUUACAGAUAAUCCUGAAUCAAUCGUGAUUAAUGAUGAGUAAGAAAGUUACAGAUGCACAAAGAUCAAGCCCCCAAGACAUGCUAACCUCUCGUCAUUACCAAUAACAGGGGAGCAUAGGAUUUUCUUAGGAAUAUGAUAUUUAUAUAUCUGUAACUUUCUCACUCAAUACUAUUCACGAUUCAUUCAUAAUUAUCUGUAUGAAGAAAUCCCAACAUUUUCUCACAGAAUAUUACAUUUUUAGUAGGACUUGUAUAUAUGUUACUGUUCUAUUGUGUAACUAUAAUGUUAUAUUAAACAAGUAUAUCCUGUUA